AUGUCUUAUAUCAAACAAGAAGAUCUCAUUGAGGCUGCCAGAGUACUACGGAAUGGACAUGCACGAGUAGUACCUAACUCACUAGUUUUACCCGAGCCAAAAAAGGCAGUCGCAGACACAUCAAAAGAUGGAUAUGAUAAAGGAGAUGGCAUAUUGGGAAUCUUGCGAAAUAUUUGGACUCUACCAGGAUCAUGGAGGAAUGCCGAUGGCUAUACAAUGCUUACGUUGCUGAUGUCAAAAGGAGUAACGGUAGAAUGGAACCAGUCGGUAAAAUACUACCUGACCAAAAUGGCCCACGGCGACUGCUUUGGUGCAGGCGCGCACACACAUAACUGGUCGAAGGGCGGACAUACGCCACUUCAUUUUGCGGUAGAGAGUAAUGAUUGUAAAUAUGCUGAGGUAUUAGAAGGCUUCGAGGAUGCACUAAACUUCGAUGGUAUUACAGCUCUUCAUCAUGCAAUUCUCCUGGGCAAAAAGGAAAUCAUUGAAAAACUGCUUUCAGCGCCCCAUCCAAUUGAUAAAAGACGAGUGGUGUUAUCGGCAAUACUAACUAAUCGCGAGGGAAAAUCUGCACUUCAACUUGCCAGAGACAAGAAACUUCAGAAUGUUGUUGAAACAAUUGAAAAAUAUGCCGGAGAAUUUCGCGAUUGCGCUUUCGUCCUUGACCAAUUCUCUAUUGAUCGGGUGCAAAAUGCUAUCACGGAUGGGGGGGUAGACUUAUUCCGACACUACGUUUAUCGUUGGCCAAAUGACUGCCUUGGGUGGAGAGAAAAGGAAACUGAAAAUACAAUAUUGCAAUGGAUGUUACGUAACACGCAUAAUAUCCAUGACAUUAUGUUUGACAGUACACCCUACUACAUGGCGAUGAUUUUGCUCGAUGUGGCGAGCCAGGAACCUUACAAAGAGAAACAUGGAGGCUUUCUUAACUAUACCAAUAAGAAAAAGGAGACUGCGGAACAUAUUGCCAUAAAAACUGGGCAAUAUGAGUACUUGGAUCUGUUUCAUAGUAGAGGAAGCAACAUAUACGCCAAAGACAAUAUGGGCAAUAACGCUUUGUACUGUUUCUUAUCAACAGAAAAUGGUCUGUAUGACGGUGGAGAUGCUCCGUAUCUGGAUUCGAUAUUGUGUUUAGACAGGUAUUAUCUGGGGAACCCGGGCAAGAUAGCUGGAAGCUGUAUAGAACCAAAAGACGGGGAUUUGAUUAACGGUUCUGACGACAAAUAUGCUCUUGAGCUGGUAUUAACAAAGUACAACGAUGCCAACGCUGAUGUCAAUGCUAAUGUCAAUGCCGAUGCUGACAACAAUGACGAUGAUGAUGACGGUGCCCGUGUGGCUAAGAUGCUAGUCCAGAUGUGGCCUGAAUUCCUGACCAAACUCCCAAAAGCAAAAUAUAAGGAACUAUGGGAAGCACAGAAACUGACAGAAAAGAAAUUAAAAAAGGUUUUGUAUACGGUAGGAGAAAUAUUUGUUGGGAACCAGGACAAAAACUUGGCUGUUGAACUUCUAGACCAUCCUGUGCUUCCUAGUUUAGGCUUGAAGAAUUACACCAAUUCACCAUUACAUUGGUUUGUGAAGGACUAUAAUACAUACAUGGGUGAAGAAGAGAACUUCCUGCUGAGUUUUAAGGAUGUUGACAUGAACAGUACGGACUUCUAUGGGAAAAACAUUAUAUUCUACGCGGUGGAAUACCGUGCCUUUGAAUUACUUAAACUUGUCAUAAAUCUUGGUGCGAGUGUGGGGCCUGACGACAUAUCUCGUGCGUCCGAAAAACAGGACUUCGAGAUGGUGGAAUUUCUUAUACGCGAGCUGGCUAAAGAAAGCAAAAUAGAAAUUGGAAAAGGUUCUGUAUAA